AUGCUGAACUACGGAAGCGCCGCUUUCGACUACGAACCCUAUCCGAUCUGCUACAUCACGGAUGUGCUCGACGAGGACACCUACGGGCGGCUUGUCGAAACGUACCCGGAUCGCGAGCUGUUCGAGUACAAACCUGAACUUGGGCACAAGUUUUCGCUUUCCGAAGUCAACAACCGACAAAAUUACGAGAAUUUCCUCGCUGGCAGCCCGGUGUGGAAAGCCUUUUACGAUCAUGUGAAAUCUGCCGAUUUCGUCGAAAAGGUUCUUGAGAUGCUUGCCGCAAACAGGAUUGAUCUCGGUUUGCGGAGAAUUCGGGUUCUUUCUGAAAAAACCGGCCACAAGGCCAGUCUUCUGAGCCGUAUUCGCCGUCAGACGGAACUGAGUGCCAGGUUCGAAUUCUCCAUGAUGCCCGCGGACGGCGGCCGGAUAUUGCCGCACACGGACGCACCCAACAAGCUCAUCACGCUGGUUGUCUCCAUGAUGAGGCCCGAUGAAUGGGACAUGGCCUGGGGUGGCGGUACCUCCGUCUGCCUGCCGACGGACAGAACCCUGGUCUUCAAUCACCUCAACAAGUCAAUGGCUUUUGAAGACGUGGACACGGUGAAAACAUUUCCGUUCGAGCCGAACCAGUGCGUACUUUUCGUCAAGACCUAUAACUCGUGGCAUCACGUUGCCCCGAUGACCGGGCCAGACGAUGCACCGUUGCGAAAGACAUUGACGAUCAACAUCGAGAGUUGCGCCUAA